UCGUCUGUUUUCUUAGCGAGCUGUUGAGGCUCCUUCAUUUCGGAAAUCCACCGUUGGAUGCACAUGUAUACGUGCCAUCCAAUUUGUGUCUCUGUGUGUGACAGUGGCGGGCAUUUCCCCAGCCAAACUGCGGACCUCAGCUGACAAAGUUUGAAAGAUUAUUUUUAGAGAGGGAGACGAGGAGGGGCGCUACGUACGCAAAGAACAUCAACACUAUGGCAAAGGUCAUGGACGGAUUCGGGUCAAGGCCCUGCAGGCGUGAGGUCAGAGGUCAUGGCCACCUGUUGAAGGAGCCCUUUGUUGUGUGUCUGGGAGAGCGAGGUGUGUGUACAUGGUGGCCAUUCACAAUCACAAGGACUAAUGGCAGGAUCGAUGACGAGGGGUAGCAACCUGUUCCAUAGCGAAGCCGGCGCCACGUUAUGAGGUCAUGCAGCUAGCAGGCUCGUACGAGCGGAAACAAGCGGACCACUCUGAAGUGUUUCUAAAGGAGCCAUUGAAUGCAGUCUGGAGGGAUUUUCUGGGUUAGUCAGAAGGCAGCGGAGUUGGAGUGGAAAACAGCUGAGCCUUUCUUCUCACAAAACCAAGGUGUAUAUGAAGACCACCAGCUGAACAGGGGAAAUUUAUACCAGCCUCAUAAAAAAUGCAUCCGAAAUGUCUGCAGACAUUUUCCCUUGGGAGCAACAUAAUGCUGGCCAGGCAGGCUGCAUGAAAUUAAUGGCUAGAUUGUCUAAUCUAUUCAUUACAAAAAUAUUGCAUGCAUAUGUAAUAACAUUUGCCAAUGGUGUGUCAUGGAAAAUCAUUUAUGAUAGUUUUUUUUGUUUAACAUGGAUGCAUAUUUCUUAUGCCACAAUUUGUGCUAAAAAUCUGUUUCUUAUGCCAUCAAUUUCGAUAUUGUCAAAACAUAGCAUCAUCAUCUCAACACUGUCAUCUGGAAAAAAAUCAGUCUGCACAUGAAACAAUGAAUGGACAUAUUUGUGCCCAAUGUAAAUAAUAAGCAGUUUAGGGGACGGUAAAGCUAGCGUGGUAUUCCGCCCUGUUUUGAGUUUAACGGCCGCUGCCGAGGCAGGUAUAUAUCAUGUACUGAGGACGGAAGAUGUUGAUGUAAGGCUGUAGCAAUGAUGCAGGGGUUCGCUGCCGAUAUCUGCGCAAAGGGCGAGGCGCUCAUUGCACAGAUGUCGUGGAAGCUUCGGAGUUCCAAAUUCCGUCACGUGUACGGCAGUCCGGCGCGGAGGGAGCGAUGUUAUGAGGGGCUGCGUAUCUCCCGGAGCGCACACGAAGGAGAGUUCUGUGCCGUCAACCCCAAGUUCCUCGCUGUGGUGACGGACGCAGCAUGUGGGGGGUGCUUUACUGUUAUACGCUUAGAUGAGACAGGGAAGAUUGACCCCAUGAUGCCAAAGGUCAUAGGUCACCAGGGCGCAGUACUGGACGUCAAGUGGAACCCUUUCAAUGACAACGUCAUUGCUUCCUGCUCAGAAGACACAUCGGUCAGGAUAUGGUACAUCCCAGACGAUGGUUUAGAAGAUAACCUGUCGGAGCCAUUGAUGUCGUUAUACGGCCACCACAGACGGGUCACCAACAUACUCUGGCACCCCACCGCAGAAAACAUCCUUCUCAGCUCAGCAUAUGAUCACAAGAUCCUUGUGUGGAACGUGAACACGGGGCAGGCGGUGACGAUCAUCACGUGCCACACAGACACCAUCUACUCCAUGGCGUUCAACACGGACGGCAGCCUGCUGGCCACCACCUGUAAGGACAGGAGGUUAAGGGUCAUCGACCCCAGAACAGGCAGCGUCACAAGGGAAGGUCAGUGUCACACGGGGCUGAAGGCCUCCAAGGUUCUGUUCCUGGGAACAUCCAAGAGACUCCUGACUACAGGGUUCAACAAGCUGAGCAAGAGGGAGUUCCGCAUAUGGGAAAUGGAUGACCUUUCGCGACCCCUAGCCCAUGCGGAUCUAGACACCGCCUCUGGAACAAUGUUCCCUUUCUACGACAGUGACACACACAUGCUGUUUAUCGCUGGAAAGGGCGAUGGUAACAUCAGAUAUUACGAGAUAGUGACAGAGAAGCCAUACUUCUACGACCUAGCAGAGUACAAGUCCUCCUUCCCCCAGCGUGGUUUGGGGUUCAUGCCAAAACGGGGGCUCAACACCAAACGCUGCGAGAUCUUCAGAUUCUACAAACUCCACUCAGCGAGAGGCCUGUGUGAACCUGUCAGUAUGAUAGUCCCAAGAAGGUCUGAGCAGUUCCAGGAGGACAUCUACCCGGACACGCCCGGGUGUCGGCCCUCCCUGUCGGCGGAGGAGUGGCUGAGUGGGUACAACAGACCACCGGUCCUGAUGUCAUUACGGGGACACUACAGCCCCAGCUACACUCCCAAACUUCACCUGAACGUGCCUACCACGAAACCUACCAUCACCAACGGCCAUGACGGGAUGGACCCUGCAGAUAACCUAAGAAGUCCAAAAACAGAAAAUGAGCUGCGCAGCAUGGUAUUUCGACAGGAAGGGGAAAUUCGCAACCUUCGAGAGGAGCUGAAGUCACGUGACGUCCGAAUACGUCAGCUUGAACUAGAACUACAAAACUACAAAAAAAGAGAAUCUCCAGACAAUCGUGACAGAGAAGAAAGCAUGGAGAUUUGACUGUUAAAUCAGAAUUAAUUGCAGAUUUUUAAUGAAUGAUCAUAUCACAAAUGUGCAAACACCUAAUUGUAAUUAAUAUGCCAGCAGCAGAAUAGUACAUAAUUUGCUGAAACAGCACAGCAUUAGGCAGAGUCAAAGAACAUGUGAUCAUCACAUGGCGGACAUGUGAUCAACACAUUAUAAAGAUGUGGUCAAUUCUCAUGAUAGAUGAACCUACACCAAAGUUUCCUCUAUGUAUGGGAGGCUGGUCAUCGUUACCUCAAGUAUAGACACCUGUUCUAUGCAAAAACCUGGCAUGUUGAGCAUGUGACACACACGAUAACCAUGUGAUUUACAUGUGAUUAACAUGUGACUCACACAUGACAGUCAUGCAGUCUACACAUGAUAGAUCUAGUGGGAUG